CUCGAUUUCUUUUUAGUCCGGUUUUUAAUUGGGUGGUUUGUAACAGGAUUUCCGUGAAAGGGAACGGAGAAAAAGCAUAAAACUUUGAUCCUUUUAGCUUCUGAUAGACUGAUAAACUCCUUAAGAGUUAUUCUCCUACUUAGGCUGAAUUAGAGUGAGUUUUCAUCGCAAUGUUUCAUCGUUGGAGUAAUUCCCAUAAGGAUCACGAGGAUGAAGCUAUGCAGCAGAAGUCUAAGGUGAAUGAGCUUAGGAACGCAAUUGGACCCCUAUCUGGUCGCAGUUUACAAUAUUGCAAUGAUGCAUGUUUGAGAAGAUACCUGGAAGCCCGGAGUUGGAAUGUAGACAAGUCGAAGAAAAUGCUGCAGGAGACACUUAAGUGGAGAUCAACUUAUAAGCCUGAAGAAAUCCGUUGGCAUGAAGUUGCUAACGAAAGCGAGACUGGUAAACUGUAUAAAGCAAAUUUUUGCGACAGGCAAGGUAGGCCGGUACUUAUACUGAGGCCAGGAAUGCAGAAUACAAAAUCAAUGGACAAUCAGCUACGGCAUUUGGUGUAUAUUUUAGAGAAUGCUAUACUUAAUCUUCCAGAGGAUCAACAAGAAAUGUCAUGGUUGAUAGACUUCACUGGGUGGUCGAUAACCAACAGUGUGCCCGUUAAAACAGCUCGUGAAACUAUUAACAUACUACAAAACCAUUAUCCUGAGAGACUAGCUGUAUCGUUUCUCUACAAUCCACCUCGGAUUUUUGAAGCAUUUUGGAAGAUAGUCAAGUAUUUCUUGGAUACCAAAACAUUUCAGAAGGUGAAGUUUGUGUAUCCUAAAAAUGUAAGUAGCAUAGAGCUCAUGAGAUCAUAUUUCGAUGACGAGAAUCUUCCAAUUGAGUUAGGAGAAAAAGUCAUACUGAAGUAUGACCAUCAAGAGUUCUCAAAAUUUAUGGCUGAAGAUGAUUCCAAGACUAUCUCAUUCUGGGGAAUCGAUAACAAGCAACAUGCUACGAAUGAGCAUCACGGAGCUGAAGUUGUUCCGGAGCCAAUGUUGGUGCCUCCAGCUAUCUAAGCUUCCCACUGUCUGGCGGAGAGGUUUAACUUUUUAUAAUGAGAGCAAAUAUCAACUGUAGUAUGUAAUGCAUAUUUUCUUGAACAGAAGCCACCAAGUAGAUGGUAUCAAAAUCUUAAAGUUCACUAACAAUAUCUAUCAGCACUAUCCUAGCCAGAUGACAUAAAUCUAGCUUAUGUUUCGAACCCAACUUGUCUCUGAUAUUCGCUAUUUGGGUGAUUUUAGUGAUAUGAAUUAAUGCCAUCUCUCAUGAAUUCA